AUAUAAACCAACCUCAUGUCUCUCACAACAUCAUCGUUAACCAUCGAAAGAGUGUGGUGUAGUCUCUGCAACCAUUACAUCACCACGAGAAAAAAAAGAGAGAAGAUGCAGAGACUCACGGCUAAAAGAACAGUCCACAACGUUUCCCUUUCCCUCUCGCGACGAUGCAUCUCCUCAUGCACGUCUCAGACGUACGUUGAUGCAGCUUAUGAUAUUGUGAAGAAAGCUGGAGGACUGUUCAUUGCGGAUGAAGUUCAGUCUGGAUUCGCUCGCACUGGCGAUUUCUGGGGGUUUGAGGCUCACAAUGUUGUCCCUGACAUUGUUACUAUGGCUAAGGGGAUUGGGAAUGGGUUUCCUUUGGGAGCUGUUGUGACAACUCCGGAGAUUGCAGGAGUGUUGACACGCAGAUGCUACUUCAACACCUUUGGUGGGAACGCUGUGGCUGCUACAGCUGGUCUAGCUGUUCUGGAUGUGAUUGAGAAAGACAAUCUUCAGGAGAAUGCGUCCAUGGUUGGGUCUUACCUCAAAGGAAGACUCAGUCAGCUUAAAGAGAAACAUGAAAUUAUUGGGGAUGUUCGGGGAAGAGGGCUGAUGCUUGGAGUAGAGCUGGUGAGUGAUCGCAAGCUUAAGACUCCUGCAACUGCAGAGACUUUGCACAUCAUGAAUCAAAUGAAAGAACUGGGUGUGUUGGUCGGUAAAGGAGGCCACUUUGGAAACGUUUUUAGAAUCACACCACCUCUCUGUUUCACUAAGGAAGAUGCAGAUUAUCUCGUGGAAACCAUGGACUACUCAAUGUCCAGGAUGUGAAGAAAACACACACUAUUAAAGACAAAAAUGAAAAUAUCUUUGUGUGACAGAUUAAUAAGGUUGUGCUUGGAACAACCAAAAUGAUUGAUGAGCCAACAUCUUGUUGCUUCUCAAUCACUUAUACUUUCAGAUAAUAAAAAACCUUCGUUUCUUAUA